AUGACUUGCCAGAUAAUCAAAAGCCUCAAGGAGCAACAGCACAAGUUCCGAGGGGAAAGGAGAACCAGUGAAGAACCAAGCCACUGGCAUCUAUUUAUCCAUGUUAUUUAUUUAACUUUAUUAUUACCAAUUUUUUUUGAAAAUCCACGAACAGCCAGUCAGCAGAAACCGAGCCCAAACUGUCCAGCAACCACAAGCCAGCACAACCUCACCCUCCAACAUUCCCCCUUCACAGGUAACCUCAUCUGCUCAUGCGUGAGAACACAGCCCACAAAAUACCUAAUCCGAGACUUACAGCUCAGCCAAAUACAACAAAACCACAAACCACAAGGAGUAAGCACAAUAUCUCCCUGCAUCAAAAUCCACUGCACCAACAAGUCCAGAAAAUGGAAACAAGCAGCAGACCUCACGAACAGACCACUCCAAAAUGCUUCUCAUGAACUUCGCCAACUCGCCAGCAUGGCACAGGCAAGCACAGAAGCAAACCCCUCAAUGGCGGCAUACCACCUGCAAUCCAUGAAUAAUAAAAAAGAGAUGAUGUCAGACAAUGGGUACGGCUGUAACACAAGCUGCAGUGAAAGUGAUCUGAAGGGAGGCAAUCAUACAGACCCAGUACCGUAUUGGACAUCUGCAGCUGUUACCAUCCUUCAGGCCAGUGUGAUGAGUUUUACUAUAGUUACAGAUAUUAUUGGCAAUAUCCUGGUAAUCAUCUCUGUCUUACAAAACAAGAAGCUUCGAAGUGCAGGUAAUAUAUUUGUUAUCAGUUUGUCUGUAGCAGAUCUGAUGGUUGCACUGUAUCCCUAUCCAUUAAUCUCGCAUGCAAUCCUACAGAAGGCAUGGACUCUGGGUUAUGUCCAUUGCAAGAUAUCCUCAGUCAUCCACAGUUUGAGUCUCAUUGGAUCUGUGUAUAACAUCUUGGCCAUAGCUGUCAACCGAUACUUCUGUAUUUGCCAUAGUUCUAUGUAUGAGAAUCUAUACAGCAUGAAGAACACCUACCUGUAUGUUUUCCUGACAUGGACAAUAAGUGUUAUUUUGCUUCUGCCAAUCAUAUCAGUUAAUGCUUUGCAGUAUGAACCUCGUGUAUACUCCUGUGUACUCAUCCUCAGCGUGAACCAGUCAUUGACUAUUGCAAUGUCAUCUUUCCAGUUUAUACCAAUAUCCAUUGUGAUAUUCUGUUAUGUGAGAAUCUGGAUCUUGGUCAUUCAAGUCAAGUAUCGGGUCAGGCAAGACAGCAAGCAGAAACUGAAAUCUAGUGAGUUACGGCACUUUUUCACCAUGUUUGCAGUUUUUGUUCUUUUUGCAGUUUGUUGGGGUCCAUUUAGUGUAAUUGGUCUAGUGGUGGGGUUUACUCCUGCAGAAAAAGCCAUAAGAAUUCCUGAUUGGCUGAUUACAUUAAGUUACUUUAUGGCCUAUUUUAAUAGCUGCCUGAAUGGAAUUAUUUAUGGAGUGUUUAACCAUAAUUUCAGAAAUGAGUAUAAAAGGAUUGCUUUGUCUUUAUGUACGUGUAUGUCAAAGCAGUUGCAGAAGAUGAGCUAG